AUGAAACCCUUACUUUCUGGAGUGUUGUUCGGUUGCUCGCUGCUUGUUGGUGUGCAAGCUUUUUAUUCUUCUAGCGACGAUGUCAUCGAACUGAACCCGUCCAACUUCAACAAAGAGGUGAUCCAGAGUGACAGUUUGUGGCUGAUCGAAUUCUACGCUCCUUGGUGCGGUCACUGUCAAAGGUUGACGGCAGACUGGAAGAAGGCAGCCACAGCCCUGAAGGGUAUUGUCAAAGUUGGUGCAGUCGAUGCAGACCAGCACAAGUCUUUGGGAAGCCAAUAUGGCAUCUCGGGCUUCCCUACACUCAAGAUUUUUGGUGCAAACAAGAACAAACCUGAGGCAUAUCAAGGUGCACGCAGUAGCCAAGCCAUCGUGGAUGGAGCCAUGAAUGCUCUACGUGCUCUGGUCAAUGAACGGCUCAGUGGCAAGUCUGGCAGCUCAGGAUACAGCAAACAGCAUGGUAGCGGUGGCAGUGGCAACAAAAACGACGUGGUGGAACUCACAGAUGACAACUUUGACAAGACUGUGCUGCAGAGCGAUGAUGUGUGGUUGGUGGAGUUUUUUGCUCCUUGGUGUGGCCACUGCAAGAAUCUGGAGCCUGAGUGGGCAGCCGCUGCUUCAGCAGUCAAAGAUCAGACGAAGGGCAAAGUUCGCCUGGGAGCUGUGGAUGCAACUGUACAUCAGGCUGUGUCCAGUCGCUAUGGGAUCCGAGGUUUCCCCACUAUUAAGAUCUUCCGCAAAGGGGAGGAGCCCGAGGACUACCAGGGGGGACGUACCCGCGGCGACAUCAUUGAAAGGGCCUUGGACUUAUUCUCUGAUAAUGCCCCUGCUCCUGAACUAUUUGAGAUUCUUAAUGAAGAUGUCCUGAAAAAGACUUGUGAGGACAGUCAACUGUGCAUCAUUGGCAUCCUCCCACAUAUUCUGGACACAGGUGCUGCUGGUAGAAACGGCUACCUGGAUGUGAUGAUGAAGAUGGCCGACAAAUACAAGAAGAAGAUGUGGGGCUGGCUAUGGGCUGAGGCUGGCACUCAGAUGGAGCUGGAGGCCUCACUAGGUAUUGGUGGCUUCGGCUACCCUGCCAUGGCUGCCAUCAACACACGCAAGAUGAAAUUUGCUCUGCUCAGGGGAUCCUUCAGUGAAACAGGGAUUCACGAGUUCCUCAGGGAGCUUUCUGUUGGAAGAGGCUCGACUGCCACUUUGGCAGGUGGUGUAAUACCCAAGAUUCACACAGUUGAACCUUGGGACGGAAAAGAUGGACAGCUUCCUGAGGAGGAGGAGUACGACCUCAGUGACGUGGAGCUGGAUGAUGACUAUAAUAAGAUUGAGUUAUGA